CAAACAGCCGAACCGUGUCGAGCCGCAGACGAUUUGCCUGUCCUAUAAAAGAUCUUUGUUAAGUUCGUUGCAGAACGGUUGUAAGAAAAGUCACAAAGUUUUGAAGAAAGUUGUCUAAACGUAGAUUCGCACCGCGUGAAGAAAAAUGGUUGACGAGAAUGCAAGCUGCGUGCACGACAGCGAAGAGGGUACACAACUAUCACUGCAGCAUCUCCCGCAUGAGAUUUUUCUUCAUAUAUGCUCCUUCUUGAAGAUGGGGACCUCGUUAUAUAGUUUGAGCCUUGUGUGCAAAAGGUUCUACCAAAUUUUAAAGGAUGCCUCAUUUUGGAGGAAGGAAAUUAUCCAUAGGUGGCCGGAUGCUCGCGAUAGUCCGUUCUUGUAUCCAAAAAGACCCGACGAGCUAUAUAUGAAAUUUUUAUACGUCGCAAUCGAGAAAGAAACAGCGGUAUGGGAACGAUACUACAACUCCAUGGAUGAAAUGGCAAUUUUCGGCAAAAAUUUUACGAGCGAUACUAUGCUACGGAUGCCCGAUGGAACCACUUGUAUAGUAGCCGCGAGUCAUUACAGUCUGAUUUACUGGAAACUUCCAUCGCACGAGGAGCUACUCACGAGGAUGAGCUUAGCUCACAAAAUUAGGGCUUAUAUAUGGGGGUUGUGUGAUACUACGCACGAAAUCUCUGCAAACCACGAUCGCAUAGAUUUUGUGCAUCACACAGAAAUCUUGGAUCUGACGGCGAUAGACAACACGAUCUACAGUUGCAGCUGGGACCAGACCGUCAAGUCGUUUAUGCUUACGGAUACCGGCUUCGUCCAGCUAACAACAUACAACACGAAUGAACCAAAUUGCGCGAAAUGCAUGUCGUCGGGUCCGAUGCAGUCUCUCUUUGCGACAGGCUCGGAACGCGGGAGCAUAUUCGUGUUCGAUUCGAGAUUGGGACCCAAGCCGAUUACGAAGUACCGGCUGAAAGACGGACCCGUGAUUAAGCUCGCUAUGGACUCGGAAUACAUCUUGUCUCUCAACCAAAGGAUGUCGGUUUGGGAUCAAAGGGCUGGGAAGAUUAUGAAGUCUAUUACAUUUCCAAAUGAAGCCACAUGCAUGAGCAUGCAAAAGGAUUGGGUUUGCGUUGGAGACACGUACGGCGAAGUGCACGUGCUAAAUCCAAAGAACGGUUUCAAAUUGGUAAAAUCUUAUUCCAUUGGCUCAUCGAAUGAGAUUAUAACAGGGGUGCAUCUGACGCAUGGAUGUUUGAUAAGCUGCAUAAAAGAUGUAUAUGGGGGCACAGUCAAAAUUGGAAACCUUACAAAUCCUUCAAAAAUGAUUAGAGACAUAUGGCCGAAAUUCAGACCAAUUUGCAGAAUGAAUUACCUAAACGGUACUUUCACGAUAUCUAGAAAUAACAUCAUCUCAGUGUGGCGCCCGAAAUAAUGUUAUCUGGAACUCAAAAAGCACAUCGCCUGACUGUUGGCAUAAUUUAAUGGUCCAACGCGAUGGUUGAAACAACACGAUGGCCACGCGAACGUGGCACGCAGUUGAUAUAGAUAUCUGUAACGUGGCCACAAAGAUACGAUUUGAAAUGCACCGCAACGUGUCGCGACUUCGCGCCGUUUCGUCGCGUUUAAAGGGAUCUGUAAUAAGAACGCA